GCCGAUUUGCUUAUGAUUUAAAGAGCCCCAGAAAAGAGAAAAGAGUUGUUCAAAGCCAGAGAAAAGCAUUUCUUGCGUGAGAAUCUGUUUGGUCAGAUAAUUUUCCUUUGUGAAGAGUCUAAAGCGAAAAUGGCGGCAGAGGAAGGACAAGUAAUCAGUUGCCACACUGUUGAGUCAUGGAACGAGCAGCUUCAGAAGGGCAAUGAAUCCAAGAAGCUGAUGGUUGUUGAUUUCACUGCGUCAUGGUGCGGACCCUGCCGUUUUAUCGCACCCUUCCUGGCUGAACUGGCCAAGAAGCUUCCCAAUGUCAUGUUUCUUAAGGUGGAUGUGGAUGAGCUGAAGGAAGUUGCUACGGAUUGGGCUGUGGAGGCUAUGCCAACUUUCAUGUUCCUUAAGGAGGGGAAGAUUGUGGACAAGGUGGUGGGAGCAAAGAAAGAUGAUCUUCAGCAGACUGUGGCAAAGCAUAUGGCUUCUGCUUCUGUUUGAUUAUGAUAAUCAUUAGUAUAUAUUUAUCUUCAUGUUUGGAGGAAUUUACAAUAGACCUCGUUAUCGUGUGCUGCUACAAAUCUAAACAUCUCUAUGUUUGACCUUCAGUUUGUUUCUAUAUCUUGCGUGUUUCUUAGUACUAUCUGCCCAGAUGUUGAUAGAUUGCUGGUUUCAUUUUCUGUGGAAAUGUAUGUUCACUUCCAAGUUAAGGGGACCAUGUCCAUUUGAGUGCUGA